UUCUCAAAUUCUCGGCCCCUCGGGCCUCGCGUUUAUUCUCGGGGCUCGACUUCUCCGCAAUCCUAGGCUUGUGAUAGGGAAAAGCGGGAUCUUACACUCAGCUCACUCAGCCCUCGCCCGCCUUAUCGAUAUGGUAGAAGCACUAGGCCUAGCUGCCAGCGUCAUCGCGGUGGUCGAUAUGACCGCGAAAGUCGGGAGCGCCACCUUCAAGCUCAUGAAACUAUGGAACGAGGUCAAGGAAGUACCAGCAAUGUUGCUUGAGAAGGCAGAACGAAUUAAAGACCUAGAAGACUUCCUCCUCGACGCCGAAGAUCACAUUCAGAACAGUCCGCUGCCGCAAGCCUUCUGGAAUAAUACAAAUCAUCGUUUGCAGCAACACAUCAAAAAGGUCCGUCGCGCACUUGAUGAGCUUCAAUAUGUGAUAGACAAACUACAAGCCAACUUAACUGCCCGAAAAGACGGCUUCAGAAGUAAGCUGUUGUCAACCAAGGUGGUGUUUCGGAAAGAGGAGUUGAAGGCCUUGGACAGGAAACUUGACGCAGCCCUUCGUCUGUUCGCGUUCGCGCAGAGGCAGUGGCUUAUGGCAAUGUUGGCAUCUAGAACCUCUCUGAGCAUCAUAGAGCGGUCUGAAAGAGUCGUUGCUUCGAAAGCUCUGACGCCAGAAAGGAAGACAAAGGGAGUACUUACAUCUACCACACCCGCUCUCUUUUACAUUUCUGCCCCAGCUUCGAUCUUGCCUACCUUUCGAUUUGGGUUUGGAAACAAUGACGACUUCCAGUUUUCUGUCCAGGCGCCGAGCUGGCUCACUGGAUCUGUUUACUCUAUGAUGGCCCAGAAAAGCUAUCAGGGCUGGCAGCUCAACUUAAGAGCUUAUGAAGUAGUAAACUACUUUGCCGACGAACUAUAUGACUGCAUCGGAAACGAUGACCCCUCUGGAACUCUCCAGGUGCUGUCCGAAAAAGGCAUGACUCCCUUCGCAAAAGAUAAAAAUGGAGAAAACUUGCUCCAGAUCGCUGUCGGAACAAAGUCCCUUAGGGUAAUAGACGAUUUUCUGAAACGGGGACUUGCAUGUUUUGUGCGAGACCCAAUGUACAGCAACGAUAAAACGUAAUAACUCACUCCCUCAAGCUGUAACACCGAGGAUAUCUUGUUGAUAACUUGAGUAAUCUACAGUUCUCCCUUUUUACUUCACGAGCUUCGAUUGUUCAAUCUAUUGCCCCACGAUUUAGAUCCGACUCUAAAAAAGUUGUUUCUAGAUAGUUUUCUCGAUGAUUACUUCGAAGAUUCCGAACAAACUUCAAUUCUUUGCUAUUUUGGGGUCUCCUUCUCCCU